GCUGUUCGAUAUUUGGGCAGGCGAGUUGAGUGUCUCAACGGAAACCUCUCUGGGAUUUACAGCGGAGCCGCCUGGUAGAAGCAAGCAGAAAGCUUGGUGGGGUACAGAACAGCCUUGGCUAGCCGGUGCUGCAUUCCCUCGCUGGGGUCUUGCAAUGAAAUGCAAUGGAAUGCUGCAAUUGACUGUAAACUGACUUCUGGGCAAGGAAGAGGGAAGGAGGAAGGGUUGGGGUGAAUUAGCCCAGAAGCGGAGGAUUGACAUAGAGACACUUUGCUGCGCCUGGAAGUUAUGCUUUCCUACUGUGGCACAUGCCAGAGCCCUGCUCUCCCAGCCCUGGUGCGUCCACCUGCCCCACCUUUGCAGCCUUCGCUGGAUAUUAAACCAUUCCUUCCAUUUCCUCUGGACACUGCAGCUGCAGUCAAUCUGUUCCCCAACUUUAAUGCAAUGGACCCAAUUCAGAAAGCUGUAAUAAAUCAUACAUUUGGGGUUCCUCUUCCUCAUCGAAGAAAGCAAAUCAUAUCAUGCAACAUUUGCCAGUUGAGAUUUAAUUCUGAUAGCCAGGCUGCGGCCCACUACAAAGGCACUAAACAUGCCAAGAAGCUCAAAGCACUGGAAGCCAUGAAAAAUAAACAGAAAUCUGUACCUGCCAAGGACAGCGCAAAGACUACCUUCACCUCCAUCACUACCAAUGCCAUCAAUACCAGCUCUGACAAAACAGACAGUACCACAGGGACACCAGCAAUAUCAACGACGACAACCGUGGAAAUUCGAAAGAGCAGUGUUGUGACAACAGAGAUCACCUCAAAAGUGGAAAAGACGCCCCCCACCACCACCGCCUCUGGCAACAACAGCACAUGUCCUUCGACGACGGAGACCGAGGAAGAGAAGGCCAAACGGCUUCUGUAUUGUUCGCUAUGCAAGGUUGCUGUCAACUCGGCCUCCCAGCUGGAGGCACACAACAGCGGGACUAAGCACAAAACUAUGCUGGAAGCCCGGAAUGGGAGUGGGACUAUUAAGGCAUUUCCUCGAGCAGGAGUCAAAGGCAAAGGGCCCAUCAACAAGGGAAACACUGGCCUGCAAAACAAGACAUUUCACUGUGAAAUCUGUGACGUGCAUGUAAAUUCAGAGACACAACUUAAACAGCACAUCAGCAGUAGAAGGCACAAAGACAGAGCUGCUGGUAAACCCCCCAAACCUAAAUACAGUCCCUACAACAAACUUCAAAAGGGAACACAUCCACUUGGGGUAAAAUUAGUAUUUUCUAAGGAACCUUCUAAGCCAUUGGCUCCACGGAUCCUCCCAAACCCAUUGGCGGCUGCAGCGGCUGCCGCUGCCGUGGCAGUGAACUCACCCUUCAGUCUCAGAACAGCCCCUGCCGCCACCCUCUUCCAGCCAUCUGCACUUCCUCCAGCACUCCUCCGGCCUGCUCCAGGGCCCAUACGGACCACCCAUACUCCUGUGCUGUUUGCUCCUUACUGAACUCCAACGAGGAGUCAUUGUACUGCAAUAAUUUUUUUUCAAAAAACAAAGAAAACAAAAAAAAAUGAACUAUGCAGUGUUUAUUUAUAGUUUAAAGUCUAUCUGAAGAGCCAGGACUUUUGAUAGUGAAUUGAAAAGAUUCUAAAGGGGAUGGGAGGGAGGGGAAGGGGCAGCAUUUUCUCCACAUAAGAGCAUUCCUCUUG